UGCCUCUAAAAGUGAAGUGACCUUCUUUACGUCCGCCAGAAACCAACCACUCAACCGGCCGAGAGAAGAAGCAGCUUCUAUACCUGAACCGGAGUGAUUUUAACCCCGCAUAUUUUAAUACAAAGCUGACUAUGGGAGACAUCGCUAAGGGAAAGAAGGCUUUUGUCCAGAAGUGUGCUCAGUGCCACUCAGUAGAGCAGGGGGGCAAGCACAAGGUGGGCCCCAACCUCUGGGGUCUGUUCGGACGCAAGACCGGGCAGGCCGAGGGCUUCUCGUACACGGACGCCAACAAGAGUAAAGGUAUUGUGUGGAGUGAGGGCACCUUGAUGGAGUACCUGGAGAACCCCAAGAAGUACAUUCCUGGAACCAAAAUGAUCUUCGCCGGCAUCAAAAAGAAGGGAGAGCGCACGGACCUCAUUGCCUACCUUAAAUCGGCAACAUCAUGAAGUAGUCAUUAAAUAUAGAAUAUUUAAUGUCGCGUUAUUUUAUUUUUACUUACACAUGCUAAAUAUGCAGUUUUAUGUUUAGUCAUUUGCUCUUGAGGUUAAUUUAUCUCGUCUAAAGGUUGGAAAAGUGGCUACUGUCACUUUAAGUUCAAAUGAACAAACAUAAAACUACAGUCUGUUUUAUUUUACUGUAACUAAGCCCAUUGUUUAAUAGGUCACCUGACCUGCCACUCAUUCUGGUUUUCCACGACAACACAUGUCUGGUACUUCCUGCUUGCAGAGCCAUUCUCCCUCAAUUUCAUUUUUAAACUUAUUACUAAAAAAAAAAAGAAGUAACCUAAUAUCCGCUAAAUCAAAGUGAAACAGGGUCUCUAACCUUUAGAAAAUGUGACGGUGUGACAUUUCUACUCUCUUUCGCCCGUCCUUGUAUGUCGGUGGUCAGAAACUACCACUUGAGUCAUGAAUGCUGAAAAACGUGUUGCGUUCAAAGACCCGUAACAUAGCCUGAUGUGUUACUGAAGCAGCCGCUCUGAGCGCCAUUCAUCAGACUCGGUACAAGUUUGUUCUUAACUAGAGUGACACUGCUGAUAACUGCCUCCUUACAGCUAAGAAUUGUGGGGUAUAAAUAUAUAUAUGACUGCCUUCAGAACCACCACCGGUGUGAAAUCAGCUGACCUCUGGUGCGGAGCUACUGUACGACAUAGAGCAACUAUCUGAGUUGAAGGAAGAUUUUGUUAUUUACCUGGUUUCACAGGCCUGAGAGAAUAUCGUUUUAACUUAUUUUACUGUAAUCUGACAUCUGUGAAAUGUUUUGAUGGGACUGCUUGCUGUCAAUGUAACCAGCAAAAUACUGUAUGCACAUGAACAAUUCUAUAGUGUUGUGGACAGGAUGGAUGAAGACUAAAUUAAAAGAAAAUGUCCAGAAAUAUA